AUGAGGUUUUUCACUGCCCUUGCCGCAGCUGCUGUAGCCCUCGUCGCCGGUGCCCAGGAAUACUCAACUCAGCACUCCGACCCCAUAGCCACCGACUUGGCCCCGCUUCUCUCCUCGAACGCACGCAUUUAUGUCCGCGGCGGCAACAGCACCCUCUUUGACGAAGUGACGCGCCGGUACGCGCUCGUCAAGCCUGAUAUCAGCGCCGCAAUCAGCGUUGGCGCCGCCGAAGAUGUCGCCGUUAUUGUAAAAUACGCAAAGACACACUCCCGCGAGAUCCUCGCCGCGAACCGCCGCCAUGGCUGGUCCCGAACCCUCGACCGUGUCUACGAUGCAAUCAUGAUUGACAUCUCGACUCUGAAAAACAUCACCGUCGACGCUGCCGCCAACACUGUGACUGUCGGGGGCGGUGUGCGUGUCGGCGAUGUCAUGCCCGUGCUGCAGGCCGUCGGGAAGGAGACAUCCACUGGAAUCUGCGACUGUGCCGGCUUCCUGGGCGUCACUCUCGGCGGCGGACAUGGACGCCUCCAAGGCCGCCACGGGCUCAUGGUGGACAACAUCCUGUCUGUCCGCCUGACCACUGCCACCGGCGAGACCAUCACCGUCUCCAACACGUCGCACCCAGACCUGUUCUGGGCGCUGCGCGGUGCAGGCCACAAUUUCGGCAUCGUCACGGAGGCGACAUACCGGAUCUACCCCGCCGUAAACGGGGGGAUGCAGUACAUGAUGAACGCGCUGUACGAUCCUGUGUAUAUCCCCGAGAUGUUCGAAGCCAUGAACGGCUUUGACGUACCAGCCGAGAGCAACGCGCUCCUCGCCUUCUUCGUCAACCCUGUUCUGGGCACACCGCAAAUGGUCAUGAACUUUGUCUCCUCCGCCGCCGAGACCGAGGCAAAGGAACAGUUCGAGUCCGCCUUCGGCCACAUCCCCUCCCUCUCCCGCAACGAGACCGUGCUCCCCUGGGCGUCCGUCAACGGGCAAGGGCUCGACGGCACGGGCGACUUUUCGUGCAGCAGCCGCGUGAGGAUGCGCAUUGGCGGGGUGUCGAUCGUGCGGUAUGACAUCCCGUCUAUAGUGAGCGCCUUCGAGAAGUAUAGGGAGUGGACGGCGAUGCCGGGCGGAGGGAGCUCGAUCAUGAUUUUUGAGUCGUAUUCGGUGAAGGCGGUGCAGGAGGUGGAGAGGGCGAGUACGGCGUAUCCGUGGCGGGAUGAGAAUGGCAUUAUCCUUCUGGACGCAGGCUAUACCGACGAGUCCCUCGACGGCGCAGCGUCCGACUGGCUGGCCGAGAUGAUGGCGCUCCUGCACGCCGACAGCGGCUUCCCCAGGCCGGCCGUGUACAUGAACUAUGCCAGCGGCUUGGAGGAUCCUGGCGCAAUGUAUGGGUAUGGGAAGUGGCGGCAGAGGAAGCUGGGGGACCUGAAGAGGGAGUGGGACCCGCGCUGUGUGUUUAGCGGGUAUAAUCCGAUCCCGAUUGAGUGUGAGCGGUGA